AUGCGAUAUAUAGACUGCCCGUUUCUAGUUUGGGCUGUUCUAUCGCUCCUACAACUAGUGAUGCUGGCUGAUCUGGGAACGACAGAGACUAAUGCAGAUCCCACCAGUAGCACACUUGAUUUGUCUGCCAUUCAAACAGACUUGGUGGUGGCCUGGAGAGCUCAAAGAGACGUAUCUAUGAACGUACCAAUAGACCAGCAGAACACAUUGGGUGUGUCGCUUAAUGAAGUCAUAUUCAACGAAUUGGGGUAUAAUAUGAAUUCAAUGAACGUCAUCGGUUCAUUAUUGUCUAUUGGUGUACAAACUAUGAUGGUUGAUUUUUAUUGGAAUGAAUAUACUACUACUUGGCAAUUAUGUCCAGCUCCAUUCCCAGCGAACUCCACAUAUAGUGCCAAUGUAACACAAGAGUUACAAUGGAACCAUAAAACUUAUAAAUGUGAGGCUCAAGCAACAAUCGAUUCAUUAAUGUCAACAAUAAAUAAUUAUACAAGAUCUACAAACACAAACAUGGAUGUGAAUAUGUUACAAUUAUUGGUCAAUUUGAAGAGUAUAUCGCUUCCAGAAGAGACUCGGAAGAAUUCUUCUUCGAAUGAAGCUGGGACUUCUUCUCUGAGCACAAAUCUAUACCAGUAUAAUAAUCCCUUGUACUCUUCGUUGUACACACUCACAAGUUUAUCAGAUGCGGUAACACAAUUGGGGAGUAACCUAUACACUCCUCGAGAUCUACAAGUAUUGAGUAAUCCUUCACCAGUAUUCUACAGUCAAUCAUCGAAGCAAUAUCCAACUCUUAGUCAGUUUUUAUUGACUGAUUAUCGAAGAAUAUCAACAUUCAUCUCUUCAAAUGAAUUAAGUCAAAAAUCAAUAAAUUCAUACAAUUUAACCGCUAUUGAUAAUUCAACAAUGUUUUAUUCAGAUUCCCUUGAUUUAUCGACAACUUCAAACACUACUACUACACAGAUGUGUCAUAAUCUUGUCAAUGGGACAAACUCAUUGGAUACUUUGAAUGAUCUUUCCCUUAAACUGCACUUUAGAUUUGUGGUGGAUAGUCAUGAAAAUCCUUUUACAGAAAGCACAACAAGGGAGUAUGUACGGUGUGGAUAUUCACCAAUCUUGAAUAAUCUGGUUUAUAACAUUGGACACCAAUUCGACCUGAAUGUAACUAAAAACCCAGACUACCUUUGGGAGCAAUUUAUAAUAUUAACACCAUUUUCUCUUUGGUCGUGGACAGUGGGUCAACCAUUGGCGGAGACCACUGUAACUUGGGAAACAACGGAUAAUGGGGAUGAUGAUGAUGCAGCCUCUGGUAGUGAUACUCAAGUUGCAAACAAAUGUGUAGUAAUUACAAGUGACGGCUGGACCGUUACAAAUUGUUAUGAUGAUCAUCCAUUUGCAUGUCAAAAUACUCAAGAGCCAAACCAAUGGUCUAUAAGUUUAAAUCCAGAUGAUAGAGUUGAAUAUUUUGCUGCAUCAACUGACCAUUGCCCUUUAGGGUAUGUAUUCGCCGCUCCAAGACUGAGUAUUGAAAUGCUUGGACUCAUGAAUACUAUUCGAUCAAGUGGUAUCGGUUAUCCGGUUUGGAUUGAUAUGAAUGAUAUCACAGUACCACAAUGUUUUGUAACAGGUGGGCCAUAUGCAAGUUGUCCUUAUGAAAAAAUGGUAUCAUAUCUGAAACUUGUUCAAAUGAUCACUCCUAACAUUGUAGUUGCGGCAGUGAUCCUCAUCUUAAUAUUUUUGGAGAAAUUUGUGAGGAAAAACCCAAUUCAACUGAAUAGAAAGAGACAUUGGAAAAGAAAAAUAGUUGACUUUAUGGAGGAGCAUGAUUAUCAAGGAGUUCCAUCUUAG